CAUGACAACGACGGCGAAGGGGGACCCGGGCGGGGUCGGGUCGGAGCGCAUGCGCGGUGUGCGCCCGACGCAGCACGUCUUCCCGAGUCGCCGGCGCUGCUGUAGCGGGGGUUCCUGAACUGCGGGCGGCCCGGCUCCCUGCGCUCGGCCAUGGCCCCCCCGCCUCCGUGCAGGCUCCCGAGGUCGCUGCCGCCGUGGCCGCUGCUGCUGCUGCUGCUGAGCGUGGCGCUGCUGGGUUUCCAGGCCCGCGCCGAGCCCACCGCCGGGAGCGCCGUCCCCGCGCAGAGCCGUCCGUGCGUGGACUGCCACGCGUUCGAGUUCAUGCAGCGCGCCCUGCAGGACCUUCGGAAGACGGCCUACAGCCUGGACUCGCGGACGGAGGCGCUCCUGCUGCAGGCCGAGCGCCGGGCCCUGUGUGCCUGUUGGCCUGCCGGGCGCUGAGGAUCUUCAGACAGUGCUGUUCCCUCAUCAAUAAACACCCGGCCCAGCA